UUGUUUGUUUUUUCCGAUUUUCUGUUAUAGGGUCAUUCCACGCCAAAACAUCCAGAGCUCGUUGCGACAUCUCACGGAUUUUGACAAUUUUUGGUAGGUGGGUUCUUUAUAGUUAGAAAAUAAGGUAUGCCAAAGGAUUUUAUCCAAAUAUUAUUCGUUCGGAUGAUAUAGGGGUCCAAAGUUUCGAUUUUUUCAAAAAAGUCGAAAAUUGGGGGUUGAGCGCAAUAAUUUUUAAAACCGAUUUAAACUAAAGAAUCAAUUUUUUUUAUGAUUAGAAUAUAAAAAGGGUAUAGAAAACUUAAUUUUAAGACCAUUGCGACCUUAUCAGAAGUUAUUAUCCCCCCAACGUCAUCAGUUUAAAAAAAUGAGUUUUUGACAACUUUCAUAAGCUGUUUGAUGGUCUUAAAAUCAUUGUAGGUGUAUGAUUUUUCUACCCAGUAUAGUCCAUAGUAAAGACAUUUGACUGUAAAAAAAAAUAGUUUAUCUUUUAUACAAAAAAAGAUAUUAAUCUUUAAAAUUAGGAAAAACCACAAUUUUGACGAAAAUUGAUCUUUUUCAAAAAAUUAUAUCUCAAAACUAUAAUUUUUGUUUUAUAUGAAACUUAUAGAUACUGUUUCUCAUUAUGUCUUCUAAAACAUAUAAAAAAAUUAGAAAGGUAUUAUUUUUUGUUCUCAAGAUAUUUUUAUUUUAGUCGGUGACAUUUGAAAGUGAUUUUAUUUCGACUUUGUAUUCUUAAUAUCUGGCAACAACUAAUGUUGACAUUUAGAUUUCGUCUGUCAGUAUUAGUUUUAAUAUUCAAGGUAGAAAGUGUUUAUUUGUUAACAAGAAUGACUAUUAAGUGUACCAUUGGGAUGAUUUUUGGAAAAGAAAGUGAAUGUGAAUUGUUGUGGCUAACUUCUAAGAAAGGAGAAAAAGUUAUUGUGAAUGAAUUGACGGCUGAUGAAGUGUAUACUUUGUUGUUAAGAACUGGGCUCUGUGUUGAGCAGUUAGAUAUGGAAUCCACUAUCUGUUUUCACCACGAACAUUAUUAUCUCAGCAACGACAAGUUUUUUAAUGGGAAAAAUGAUAAAUGUGUCGACCCUUUUAAAGAACACAAAUCUCAAUUUAGAGGAACAAACGUUAUCUCUGUAGCACAAUCCCAACAGGUAGCUCAUAUGUUAAAAUUGGUUCCUGGUACAAAGCUCUGUAUUUCUUGCAAGUUAAAAGUGAAAGCGCAGACUGAAUCAUCUUCAGAUAGCUCACUGUGCACUAACCCAUUUAAGAUUCAUUCUUCAGGCCAUUUUGUAGGAGGAACGUACACAAUUACUGCACAUGAUUCUUUGAUCUUGAAAAUCAACCCGCGGCUUUUCCCUGGUCUGCUGUUGUGUUAUCAGUGCUCAGAUAAAAUGCAAAAUGACAUUGCCAAUCAAGAAGAGAAUUGGAGUAGCCAAAGCACAUAUCCGAGCCAAAUGUCGAGUGUCAAAGAAUUCGUUGAUCUCUCCAGUGUUCUAGACUCAACUCUUACACGAGUUCAGAACGUUUGUUCCUUUCUCGAAGUUUCUCCAGUCAAGGCCACAACUUUCAACAAACUAAAUUCUCUGCAGCGUAUAGAAGUGGUCAAAAGAAAAGCUGAUUCAAUUGCUGCUGCAGUGGUUGACGAUUUAUCUACGGCAAUUCAAGUACCAUAUGUACCAGUAAAUCACUCCCUUGUUGACUUGACAUCGCAAGCAGCAGAUUUAAGUACCUUGAUGGACGCGUUGAAAGAAAAGGUGAAUGCAUCAUCGAAAUUUUCUGAAAGAAUCCAGUUAUUGACAUUGACACCUGACUCAUGGUCUCGAGAAAGAGUUGCAACCGAAUUUGAAGUUUCAGAACAUGUUGUUUGAGCCGCCAGAAAGUUAAAGGAAGAAAAAGGAAUUUUGCCUGCUAUUACAUCGAAACCAGCUGGAAAUCGCCUUCUACAAACUACAAUCGACGUCGUAACACAAUUCUACUUAGACGAGGAAAUUAGCAGAUACUACCCUGGGAUGAAAGACUAUAUGAUGGUUAAUUUGGAAGGAAAGAAAGUGCCCGUAAGUAAACGAUUAAUUCUGUUAAACCUGAAGGAAGCUCAUUACUUAUUCCAACAAGAUAAUCCUAAUGUUAAAAUCGGGCUAUCAAAAUUUUGUUUUCUGCGUCCAAAAUGGUGUGUUACGGCUGAUUCCUCUGGUUCUCAUAAUGUGUGCGUCUGUAUCAAGCACCAAAACCCUAAGCUAAUGUUAGCUGGGGCUGAUAUUGGUGUUGAUUAUAAGUCACUUCUUGAACUUCUCGUUUGCUCCCUUGAUAACGAAUCUUGUAUGUUUGGAGAAUGCUCCCGUUGUCCAAGUUCCGAUGUUUUGAAAGAAUUUCUUUUUGAAAAGCUAGAUGAUUAUGAAUCAGUAACGUAUAGCGAAUGGACAACUGUUGAUCGUACUACCUUGAUUAAAGUUCAGCAAUCAGUGGAGGAUUUUGUUUUGAAACUAGUAUCUCUCCUUCUUAAGCUUCGAACUCAUCAUUUUCUAUCUAAAGUCCAAGCAGCUCAUUACAAGUCGUUAAAAGAACAGUUGGGAAACUCAGAUUGCCUUGUCACGCUAGAUUUUGCUGAAAACUAUACUUUCGAAAGCCAGGAUGAAGUGCAGGGUGCACAUUGGACAAACAACCAAGCGACAGUACAUCCAAUCGUCAUUUAUUACAAAGAAAAUGAGGAAUUGAUCUCAAAAAGUUAUUGUAUCAUAUCUGAUUCUCUUAAACACGACGCAGUAGCUGUUCAUUCGUUCAUUCGGGGAAUUUUACCUAAAAUCAAAACUGUGAUUCCCAAUUUAAAAAAGGUAUUCUUCUUUAGCGACGGUGGACCGGCACAUUACAAAAAUCGAUUUAAUUUUGCCAAUCUUUCCCUAUUCGAAUCUGACCAUGGUGUCCCUGCCGUUUGGCACUUUUGGGCUACUUGUCAUGGGAAAAAUGCAUGUGAUGGGGUCGGUGGGACUGUCAAGCGAUUAGCUCGACGAGCUUCCCUUCCACUUUCAUUGAUUUUAACCCCCUUAGAUCUUUACAACUGGGCAGUGGAUAAUUUACCUGGGAUUGAAUUUGUAUACGUAACUAAAGAUAUCAUUGCGGCCGACGCAGAAAGGCUUUUCAAUAGGUUAAACUCUGCUCUUGCCAUAACCGGAACACAAAAAUAUCAUUUUUACGAACAAAUUUCAAAGGGUGUUUUACAAGCCUCUCGUACUUCUGUCCAAGAUAGUGGUUUUCCAAAAGUAACUUUUAUUGUUUUGCCUAGUUUACCGGAUAGAAACUUUGUCUCCAUCAGUAAUUUGUUUGUAGACGAUUACGUUGCUGUUGUGUUCAUGAGUCAGUGGCGGAUUGGAAAGAUCCUUGACGUCGACUAUAACGGAGUGAAUGUCAAAUUGUUCAGUGAAAAUGGUCCCUGUCUUAAUUAUACUUGGCCCCCCAAAACGAACGAUGUAUUCAUUUCAAUCUCUGAUGUUCUUGUAAAAAUUAACCCUCCUAAACCACGAACACGAUCCGGAAGAAGCUUUGGAAUAACAUCCGAUGAAAACAAUUUGAUUUCUAAAGAAUUCGAAUUGUAUAUGUCACUAAUCUCCACCUGAAUAUCAAUUUUCUAUCACUUUCAAAUG